CAGACGAUGACAUGACAUUAUGGCCAUCACUUAUAGCAACAGCUGCUAACAGCUGCCAUUUCACCUGGUCAUGAAACACUUGAGCUUCUCUUCCCUCUCUACUCUCUAAUUUACAUUAUACAUUAUACAUUACAUUAUACCCCAACAGCACUACCAAUUUAUGAACAAUAAAGUUUGUAGCAGAGUGUACUUUGAAGCUCAGAUUCACUAUCAUACUAUAGAAACGAAUGCUCAGUUUGCUGUGUAAAUCAACAUGAAUGUCUAUAUGUAUAUAUUUAACAUAUCACAUUAAAAUUAUACUUAUUCAGCACUCAAAACGAAAUUAUUUUCCUUAUGAAACUAUUAAUGGUGAUUUAGCUCAAUGGUUUGCAAAACACAAAUAUGAUGACAUAAUAAUGUUGCUUGCAUUAUUUUACAUGUAUAUUGACAGAAGGCCUUUGAUUGGAUGGCACUGCGUAUCCAACAAUUAUUUAGGUGGCAUCUUGGCUGUGACUUUUGUAACAACACAGGGAUGUCAGCAUGUUUAUCCCAUUUCCCCUGUCCUCUCUCUGCUGGGAUCUGUUGGGUUAUAUCUGAGGUUUUGGCAUCUGUGUUUGAGUUUAUGAUGACUGAUUACUUUUCUCAGGAGCACUUGAUGUACUGUGCUCCAGGCAGCAAUGCCUCAUGUGUUGUGGAACAGUAUAGUUUAGGGACUAAUUUUGCCCUCUAUUUGGUGUUUGUUUCAGGCAUGCUAGUUACCAUUUUAGGGAACUCUUUUGUCAUCCUGUCAAUAUGUCACUUCAAACAGUUGCAUAGUCCUACCAAUGUCCUCAUUUCAUCUCUGGCUCUGGUUGAUCUACUAGUGGGUGUUACUGUGAUGCCCUUCAGUGCCACCCGGACUGUUCAUGGCUGCUGGUUCUAUGGUGAUGCAUUCUGUCAACUGCAUUCAAGUUUUGAAUUGUUUCUCACCAUUCUUUCUAUCUUUCACUUAAUUUGCAUUGCUGUUGACAGGCAUCAGGCAAUAUGUAAUCCUCUGCACUAUUCUAGAAAAAUCACGGUAACAGUGGCUGUGAUGAUGGUGUGUGUCAGCUGGGCACUGGCUGCUGCCUACUCUUAUGGAGUCCUUUAUUCAAAGGCCAAUGAGGCAGGUUUAGAAGAUUUAAUGGCAUCAAUAGCGUGCCUUGGUGCUUGUUUUGUUUAUUCUAACCCACUUUGGAGAAUCUUGGGCAGUGCUAUCUGCGUUUUCUUUCCCUGCACUGUGAUGGUUUGUAUUUACACGCAUAUAUUUAUCGUGGCUAAACAGCAUGUACGAAAGACUGGAGAUAAGAGCAAAUGUUUAAAUGACAGAGAAAAAGGUGGGUUUGUUAAAAAGUCUGAGUGCAAGGCUGCAAAGACUCUCAGUAUUGUGCUUGGUGCGUUCAUCUUUUGUUGGAUACCUUUGUUUAUAGUUUCAAUAAUUGAUCCCCUCACUGGCUACAGCACACCUGGUCUGCUCAUAGAAGUAUUAAUUUGGUUGGGUUACUUCAAUUCAACCUUAAACCCCAUUAUUUAUGCCUUGUUUUAUCCCUCCUUCAAGAAAUGUUUUCAUUGCAUAAUCACUCUAAACAUUUUUAGCUCAAAUUCUUCAAAUAUGAAUUUAACUGUUAAAUAACAAAUCUACACCAUCAUCAUGCAUUUUUUUAAAUACACCGCUUUUGAAACUAGGUCAAAGACAAGCGUUUGCAUCAGCAAAUUUAUUAAAUUCUUGUCUUUGCGAUUGUCAUCAAAAACUUUUCUUUUUUUUUUUCUUUACAAUAAUCUGUGUUG